AUUCCCCGCGGAAGCGUAUUGAGAAUGUUUUCUGCCGCUUUCGGAUGGUUCUUCCUUUUCAAAUGUAAACAAUAGCGGUAAUUUUGAAGAUAAUUCAAUACAGCUUCUCACUGUUUCACUUUUAUAUACUUGAGCAGAUGAGUAUGUGACUGAGAAACGAAUCACACAGUUCAACAUUUCUGACUGGGUGUGUGUAGGAAUUACAAAACCGAUCACAAAGCAGAUCAUCACCGAACACCUCUGAACAAGCUGUAACAAGAACAACCUGUCGUCUGAACACCCAAAAUGGUUUCUGGAGUUGUACGUGUUGUCUCCUUCUCGAUCCUUGGUAUAGGAGGAUUUCUGACGCUGUUUGUAAUGUACUAUCAAUCAGCUCCAUCUCAGAUCUGCCCUCCCCAACCUGCUUUGCCACGUCAUUACUCAAAGCCACCUGAGAACAGUUCCUUGUCUAAGAAGCAGCCAGAACCAGACAAGCCCAUCAUGCUGUUGUGGUUCUGGCCUGAAAACCGCAGGUUUGAUUUUAGCGAUUGCACCACAUUGUUCAACAUUGAUAGCUGCCAACUGACAGAUGACCAGUCUCUGUACAACAAGGCAGACGGGGUGCUCAUCUUUCACAAAUCCAUCAAACACGAUUUAUCCAACUUGCCUCCAUCACCUCGACCACCAUUCCAGAAGUGGAUCUGGUACCAUGUGGAAUCACCUACAAACACAAUUAGGAUACCUGGUCUAGAGAACCUUUUCAACUUGACCUUGAGUUAUAGGGAAGAUGCAGACAUCCCUGUACGUUGGCGCUUAACUGCAAGGAAAGGCCAGGGUGAGGACUUUGUGCUGCCCAAGAAGGAUAAAUUAGUUUGCUGGAUUGUGAGUAACAAUAACCCUGCAACUGGAACAGCAGUAAGGGAUAACUAUUACAGAGAACUUGUCAAACAUAUUAAGGUGGAUCUCUUUGGAAAGGCCUUUGCAAGAUUCUUGAGAUAUGAGGACUACUACUCAACACUCUCCAGCUGUAAGUUCUACCUCUCCUUUGAGAACUCAGUCCACAGAGACUACAUCACUGAGAAGCUUAACGGACCACUUGCAGCAGGAACUGUGCCAGUAGUAUUGGGCCCACCGAGACAGAACUAUGAGGACUUUGUCCCGGGAGAUUCCUUCAUCCAUGUUAAUGACUUUCCCAAUGCAAAAGCCCUGGCUGAAUUCCUCCUGAAGUUGGACAAGGAUGAGGAGGCAUAUCUGCGCUACUUUCAGUGGCGUAGAAACUUAUUUGCUCAGCAACAUCUAAUUCAACUGAGUCAAGAGUUCAUCCAAUCUAUUUGUUAUGCCUGUGACCAUAUAGGCAAACAUAAGGAGUACAGGUUUGUUCCUGAUCUUUACAAAUGGUAUUUCGUUUAAUUAGUCUCUUCUGAUCAGCGUUUACCAUCACUGGUGUACCCCCCCCCCCCCCCU